AUGGAAACUCAAUAAGAAACUAUAAUUCAGAAGAUUCUCAAUUUCAAAUUCACAGUCAGACAAAGGCUGAGAUAUCAUAUAGUCAUGUUCGGUAUAGGAGCCAUUAUUAAGAUCUUUAAGAUGCUUAACAACUACAGAAAGCACAGAAAGAUUCUUAUCAAAAUAAAUUAAUAUAAUUAAGCUAGAUUAGCCAAAAUCGCAGGUUUAAAAAUAAAUCUUCCUAACUUUUCUUAGGAAAAAUUAGAAUCAAUCUUAAAUGCCUCUGUUUCAUAGCUCAAAGAGAUGCUUAAGAAGAAUGAGGUAACAAGUGAAGACUUAGUCAACAUUUUUAGUCACAGAUGUAGAGAAAUCGGAUUAAAAGAAUACUAUUGUAUUACAGAGUUUGACUAUGAAAGAGCAAUUGAAUUUGCAAAAGUUCUUGAUUAAAAAAGACUAGAAGAUCCAAAUAUUGUAGAUUCAUAGCCUCUUUAUGGAGUUCCCGUUUCAAUUAAGGAUUUCUUCGAUGUCAAAGGAAUAUCUACUUCAAUGGGUUGUGCCAAUAGACUAGAAAGAAUAUAAUAAGAUGAUGGUUUAACUGUUAAAUUAAUUAAAAUUUCAGGCGGAAUUCCUUUUGUCAAAACCAAUGUUCCUUAAUUAGGAAUGAGUUUUGAAACAAUUAAUAGAAUAUAUGGUAGAACAUUGAAUCCUUGGGAUAAAACAAGAUAUCCAGGAGGUUCUUCUGGUGGCGAAGCAGUAUGUGUAGCAACAAGAUGUUCUCCUUUAGGAGUUGGCACUGAUUUUGGUGGUUCAAUAAGAUCUCCCGCAAGUUUCAAUGGCCUUUAUGGGUUCAAGCCAACAAGUGGUAGAAUACCUUUAUAAGUAUAAUCUAUGUAUGCUCCUACCUAGCGUGGCGAAACAAUAAUUAAAACUUCAAUUGGUCCAAUCUGCAAAAACAUGGAUGACUGCAUUUUGCUUAUGGAAGCUCUUAACCAUAAAGAAUUGCUGAAUAUUAAGCUAAAUGAAGGUUUAUUGCAUUAACUCUACGUUCCAUUUGAUAAAGAAAUACUUUAUGGAAAAAAUCAACAAAAGCUAAAAAUUGGUUUUUUGAAGACUCUUGAUGAGUUUGAUGCAUCACUGGCUAACUAAAGAGCUGUUUAAAUGACAGUAGAUGGUCUCAGAGAAUAAGGACAUGAACUUGUAGAGAUUCAAAUCCCGAACAUUGAAAGAUUAAUUUACAUUUUUUAUCAACUUUGCUCCAUGGAUGGCUUAAAAGGCUAUGAACAUCAACUUGGUGAUGAAGAUUAUUUGGAAGUUUACAAGCUUAUCACUAUUCCUUUUUACUGUCCUGCAAAAUUGAAGAAGCUGAUUGAAUUAUUUUUAAAAUUAACUGGCUAAAAAAGAAAUUACAAAGCACUAAGCAUUAUGAAAUAAGAAAAUACUGCAUAAGACUACCUAAUAGUUUCUGAUGAAGUUUAAACUUUGAAAAAGCAAGUGUUAAAAUAUCUUGAAGAUCUAAACAUACAAGCUAUUAUUAUGCCUUGCUUUACUACUCCUGCAUUAAAGCAUAAUACAUCAGCUAAAAUUGGUUUAGCCACAUCUUAUCUAUACAUUUGGAAUGUACUUAAUUUCCCAGCAGGUGUUGUUCCUGUUACUGAAGUUAGAGAUGAUGAAUAGCAUUAUAAUAACACCAAAAUCAAAGAUAAAAUGACUUCGGUUAUUAAUGAAGAAAUGAAAGGAUCUGCAAAACUACCUGUAAAUGUUCAGAUAGUUACUCUCCCUAAUAAAGAUGAACUAUGCUUAAACUUAAUGAAAUAAAUUGAUGACAAAUUUUAAUUCUACAAAAAUAGAAAAUUACCUCUAUGA